UCUACCAAUUCAAGCCAGGGCUCAGCAUUUCUGCCGCGUUCUAUUUUGGGGGUGAAGGAGGAGAUCAAGUAACCAAGGCUGCCGUUGCGUUGGCGAUGAGAGUGAGACUGACAGACUCCUCCUUAAUCCUCCCAGCUCGAUUGCAAUUUGGGAUCACUCUACUCCGUAUUGUUGCUUCAUUUCUUUUAAUCGCUUUGCACGACAAGGGGUUGACCGACGGGCGAGAAAACGGCGGACAGAGGACCAAAGACAGCAAUGGUGUCCUGGCAACCCUGGUCCGGCUACAACUACGAAUGAAGGAAGCGGCAUUGCACAAGACAACCUGGAUAAGAACAGACACUGCGGCAAUAUCGAUUCGGCCGGCCAGAGGACGAUCCUCUCCCGCGCAUUUGAGAAUGGGACCUGGUCGGUGCAGCCGCCCACACGACCUUGGAAGUUGGAUCACCAUUCCUUUCUCAGUAGUAGGCGUUGUCUCAAUGCCUGGCAAGAGUCUAGGAUAAGGCGAGGAGGGGUUUUGGGGUUCUUGGACAGACCACAGUUCGCAAUGCUACACAGCGCGCAAGGCAUAUGAUUAAUGUCAACGCAGGACCGAAAGGGUAUGGAGAUUUCUUAGUGGAGGACCAGCGCAGCAGCGAGCAUACCGACAUUGGCUUGCUCCAUCCCACCUACCUAGCGCUCUGAAAGCCUUGGGUACGGAGUACACAUUUGCGACACAGGACAGGACCCUGCAAACGGACUUCUGGCGGCGUACACACGGCAAUACG